AUGUCCCGUUAUCUUAACGUACCUAGCAAGCAGUCUGAGCAGAGCGAUGAUGACGAUGUCAUUGACAACCUUCCUAUGGAGGUGGUGGCUACUGGCAAGGUUAGGACUUCAUCGCCAUACUUGACAACAAACAUACAAGGUCUUCGAUCACGGUCUGUCAGUCCAAACCCGCAACGAGGAGCCUUAUCGUCCUCACCUUCACGCCGUGCUCCAGCUCCAGCCUCGCCAAGGUCCCCUACCCUUUCUCGAGAGAAGCAAAAGCAAAGUGCCUUCUCGAGGUCAUGUCUUGCAUUCUGGGAGAAGAAUAAGGGACCGAUAUUGGUGGUCUUUGCACAGUUGUUUGGUGCUCUCAUGAACGUUUCGGCAAGGCUACUCGAGUUGGAAGGAGAUGGAAUGCACCCUCUCCAGAUUCUCUUUGUGCGGAUGAGUGUCACCUCGAUACUCUCUUGCAUAUACAUGUACUGGAAGAACAUCCCCGAUUUUCCCAUGGGUCCCAGGAAUAUCAGACCUCUGUUGCUUCUUAGAGGGUUCAGCGGAUUCUUUGGUAUCUACGGCAUGUGGUAUUCCAUGAUGUACCUUCCCCUGGCCGAGGCAACAGUCAUCACCUUCCUCGCCCCCUGUGUAGCAGGCUACAUAUGCCACCUGCUGCUCAAGGACCCGUUCACUCGCAAAGAACAGAUCGCCUCGUUCAUAGCCCUCGGAGGAGUUGUCCUCAUCGCCAAACCCACUUCGCUCUUCUCGUCUUCCACUGAUUCACCUCCGCCAUUGUCAGGGGAAGGUUCUCACCAUCCACCUGGAGACAAUGCAACACCUACCCAACGUCUUUUCGCCAUCUUGGUUGCCUUACUCGGCGUCCUUGGAGCAGCGGGGGCAUACAGUACCAUCCGCUGGAUAGGCAAACGGACUCACCCGCUAAUCACGGUCAACUAUUUCUCUGUUUUUAGUACCAUCGUCAGCACCACCGCUUUACUUGUCUGCCCACUGCUGGAUAUCGGACAGCCAGCCAUCAGAUUUGGGUUUCCGUCGUCAGGUUAUCAGUGGUUUCUGUUGGGAAGCUUGGGUAUAUGCGGCUUCGGUUUGCAGUUUCUGUUGACGGCAGGGCUCGCAGGAGAAAAGAGCAACAGGGCGACGGCAAUGGUGUACACUCACAUGCUGUUUGCUGCUGGGUUUGACAGGUGGGUGUUUGGACACACAAUGGGGCUGUGGAGUGUGAUGGGGUGUGCCUUGAUCUUGGGAGGGGCAAUGUGGGCGGCUCUGGGCAAGAAGAAGGUGGAAGGGGCGGGGUCCAAGGAGCAGGAUGUGGAAGGGGGCGGUGCCAAUAGUAGAGAAGAAGGGGUGCCGAUGUUGAAUGGAGAGGACACAAGCUCUGGGGACGAGGAGGGAUCUAUGGAAAUGGAUAGGCUGAGAAGUAGAUGA